GUUGCCAUCAUGUGAGGAACAGAAAGCUGGUCUGUGACCUGGGCUUCUACACAUGGCAGGAAUGAAAACAGCUUGCAACUCUGUUGUCUGGGGAGCUCAGUCUCUGCAUCACAGUGAUCACGAGUGGGAAUGGGUCGGAAGGCUGAUUAGGGUUGCUGGUGCGCUAGUAUUUCCUAUCAGUGCUAUGUUAGAAACAGGUCUUCAUGGAGCUCAGCAGGGUCUGUAGGAAUCUGUGUCCCAUUCCUUCCUUCUGCUCUUACCAAGCUAUCGAAGCCAUUACCCUCUGCAGUGCCCACCCCGCAUCCUGUCAGGCAUCUUCUACAAGGACGAGGAGCUGAUGGACCCAGAGAGAAAGACUGGGUAGAGGGGGGUUAACUCCAAAUCCAACCUCAAGGAAAAAAAAAAAGAUCAAUGGGCUCAGAAAGCAAGAGCAGAGAAGAGAGGAAAGCAGAGACCAGGGCAGAGCAAUGUGCUGAGCACAGGCAAGAGGCAGAGAGGCAGCGGGAGAAACACUGCUCCUUCAAACUCAGAGUUUUCUGCAUCCCUGACUGAGGGACAGGCAGGAAGGGAGAGGGGCACAGCAGCAGUCUGGGAUUGUUUCUUCCAUGCUCUUGUCUCCUCGCUGGUGCUGCCCAGGUUGGGCUGAGGGUUUCUCUGGAGUGAGGCACACAGCCCUGAGCAAUCUUCCUCGCUAAGGCUCAUGCUCUCUGACGAGGAGAUGCCUGGCAGCUGGAACACCUCCUCCUCCUCCAGCAGCCUGGAGAUGCGUGCUGCAGGCAUCAUUGUGCCUGUGGUCUUUUCCCUCAUCUUCAUCCUGGGCACCGUGGGGAAUGGGCUAGUGCUGGCUGUACUGCUGCGCAAUGGCCAGGUGAAGUACAACACCACCAAUCUCUUCAUCCUCAACUUGGCCAUGGCAGACCUCUGUUUCAUCAUCUGCUGCGUCCCCUUCCAAGCCACCAUCUACACACUGGACGGGUGGCUCUUUGGCCCUUUUGCCUGCAAAGCGGUGCACUUCCUCAUCUACUUCACCAUGUAUGCUAGCAGCUUCACCUUAGCCGCUGUCUCUGUUGACAGAUACUUGGCCAUCCGCUACCCACUGAAAUCCCGGGACCUUCGCACCUCCAGGAAUGCAGGAGUUGCCAUUGUGGUGAUCUGGACUCUAUCAGUAUUUUUUGCGGGCCCCUACCUCAGCUACUACCAGAUAGUUCAUUACCAGGGCAUGCCUCUCUGUGUCCCCAUCUGGGAAGACCAACACCGUAAGAUCUUGGACAUCCUCACCUUCGUGUUUGGGUACCUCCUGCCUGUGGUGGUUGUGAGCCUGGCCUAUGCCAGGACUAUCAAGUUCCUGUGGACCUCUGUAGAUCCCAUUGAGAGGAUCUCAGAGUCUCGUAAAGCCAAACGCAAAGUCACAAAGAUGAUUGUGGCUGUGGCCAUCCUCUUCUGCCUCUGCUGGAUGCCUCACCAUCUAGUCAUCCUGUGCUUUUGGUUUGGCCACUUCCCCUUCAACCGAGCUACCUAUGCCUGCCGCCUGGCCUCCCACUGCCUUUCAUAUGCCAACUCCUGCCUCAACCCCAUCGUCUAUGCCCUCAUCUCCAAGCAUUUCCGAAAGAGGUUCAAGCAAGUCUUCACCUGCCUUCUCUUUCAGAAGAAGAACAGGAAGAAGAAGAGAGCCAGCAACAAAGUCCAUGUGGCCAGUGGUUUACCCAACCAUGUUGCAGGUUUCUCUGGAAGGAACACAGAGGUCACCCAGAUCCAGGAGGAGAAUGCCAGGUACUGCCAAGGCCUGCUGCAGAGAGAUGCUGAAGGCACCCAACUCCCUGAGGCCUGGACGCAUCAUUUACCAAACACUGUACAGAGAAGACUGCUGGAUGAAAAAAGCUCUACAACAACUAGCAACCCAUUGCCCACAACCCCGCCAGAGAGGACUCAGGAUCUUCUGACUGUCCACUGCAGAUGAUAUCAAUGAAAGAGAGAAGCUCUUUGUCCAGUGAAUGAACCCCUACUUUGGUCUUGAAAAGAUGAAAUGAUAUGUCAGUGGAAACUGAACUCAUCUCUGUGAUCCUGAAUACAGCCAAACUGCCAAGAGUGUCUGUCAAUCUUACCAAGGUCUGUUGUGGCUCCCUUAUGAAUGCUGCACUCCCAUCUGUCUACCCACACCAUUUCUGUGGGAGAAGUGGAAUCUGCCAAUGAAAACUCAAAGCAUCAGUGCCUACAGAUAGAUUAAUAAAGGAUAUGAUAGAACAAGGCUCACCUGGAUGACUGGUGCUACCCAUGGAUACUGUAUUGACCAUAUGAGGCAGGGAGAACAGAAAACAAGAAGUUUGCCACCAUGUAAGACACUCUAGUAUAUAUAUAUGAGAUAUGAUAUGAUAUAUGAUAUGAUAUAGUGCAAAGCCCUGCAUGCAUACUGGACCUCAGUGGAUCUGAGCUUCCCAGCUCAGAUUAACUGGAUCCUCAACAACCCCUCUAUAAUCCUCAUGUGCAUGUUUUCAGUACUCACAGGUACCUAGGUGUUAUUCUUGCUGUACACAGUUAAGUCUACAUUUUCAAACAUACCCACUCAUGUUGACUGUGACCCUGGUGCCUUAGGAAUCCCCAAACUGAGGUAAUCAAAAUUAGUACAUGCUACUAGAAAAUAUAGCCUCUUGUGCAUACAUCAGAGCACUAGUGUGAGUGGGGCUAGUGGUUGUAUGUUUAAAGAAGGUUAGUGCUUUUGUUUGGGGUAGGGAUGGGGAUGGGAUACGUGUGUGUGUGUGUGUGUGUGUGUGUGUGUGUGUGUAUGAGAGA